CGUCCUGUUCAGGAACAGGUGGAUAGCAGACUGGUCCCGCGAGUACAGAAUUGAACUCGAUUGUGUUGAGCUGCCAUUCGCUAUGCACAACACAUGUCAAGUCGAGGCCCAUGGAAAACGUCUGACCAUAUCUGAGGAUUUGAAGCGCUCGGAGGACUAUGGCAAGGGUGCCUUUGCGGUACGAGAACGCUCGUAUGGCAAGUUCUCUAGGACACUUCAGAUUCAUUGGGAAAUCAAAGCGAGUACCACUCGUUGAAGUAACAGUGAAUAGCGACACCUCCACAAUCAAGAAGUUUCAUGUUACACAAUCGUCCUCAGGUUGUCCCGGUUUCUCCUGCUUUGAUCACGCCCUGAAACUUGAGCUCGCUUUUACCACCACUAGUGCUGUGCCAAAACCUCUGCUGCU